AUGAUCAGCGUCGAAUCGCUCAACUUGAACGAUUUCUCUGGUGAUUUGAAUGGCGCGGUAGACGCUCUCCUCAAGGCUGAGUCUACCGAGGAUUCCAAACACCACGCUGAAAUUUUGGCAGCCACCCUUGACAAGGCAGGAGUGAGAUAUUUGAGUGACGUCGUCCAAAAACUGUUGAAAUCAGCCACAAACAAGAAAUCUGGCGAUGAGCGUCAAUCUGCGUGUAUCGCUUUCUUAUCUUUAUUCAAAAGAGCAAAGGUUCACGGUGGCUUGGAGGUGUUCUAUAUAGGCACUCUCCCAACUCUUCUCGACCUCGUUGCAGACAAGGGCGAAGCCGUUAAAGAUGCUGCUCAAUCUGCAAUCGAUGCUCUGAUUUCAUUGGUCAAUCCAUAUUCUAUUACUUCUCUACUCGAGAACAUCUGGUCACUCACGUCUUCUUCCUCCGCCAAGUGGAAAUCCAAAUCCAUGGCUCUCCAAAUUAUUACUAAACUUGUCAAAUCUGGUGGUCCCCUUUGGAGAGGCAGAUUCGCUGAACAUCUCGGUGAAAUCGUUCCUCACCUUGAAGCCGCUAUGCACGACACUAAAUCUGAAGUCUCAUCAGCCGCUAAGAAGUGCUCUAUGGCUGUUUGUUCUUUGCUUCAAAACCCAGACAUUCUUCCACAUGUCCCCUCUUUAGUCAGCGCAAUGCAGUCUUCAACCGCUGUUCCUGCUCUCAUCAAGCAACUCAGCUCCACCACUUUCGUUGCUGAAGUCGAUGGACCUUGUCUCGCCGUUCUCGUUCCUCUUCUUGGUAGAGCUUUGAAAGAAAAGAGCAUGGAGACUAUCCGUAUGACCGUCAUCGUCAUUGGUAACCUCGUUAAACUCGUCAGAGACCCACGCGUUGCUGCAAGAUAUUUAGGUGACCUUUUCCCAGGUGUUACCAACAUCAAGGAAGGUGCCGCUUUCCCUGAAGUUAGAGCUUUCGCUGCUACAACCCACAAAAUUAUGGUUUCCGCUGGUGCUUCUUCUUCUAACCCAGAAGCAUCACGUUCGAGACCUGAAGAAGUUAUCCACGCGUGUGAAGUCUUCAAUCGCCUCCUUACUGCCGAGGGUGUUACUACUGUUGUCGCUGCUCCAAAGAUUGAAGAGGAUGACCUUAUCGCUAUCACUCUCAAGUACAUCUCAGACAUGAUCGUCGAUCUCGCAUACGACCGUGACUUUGACAGAUCUAAAUGGGUUGAUCUCACCAUCGCUCCGUACCUCCAACACUUCCUCCAAGGAAAGCGCGACGAAGCUAACAAGGUCGCUCAAGAGACCCUCGAUGUCUUUUUGGAAAUUGACAAAAAGGCCAACGCUAGUACUCUCAACGAGUACGAAGACGAUGGGGAAGAACUUUGUCGCACUGACUUUUCCUUAGCUUACGGUGGUUUGUUGCUUCUUAACCACACCACUCUGAGAAUCGUACGUGGUCGCAGAUACGGUAUCUGUGCUGGUAACGGUAAGGGUAAAUCCACCCUUUUGAAGGCACUCCGCGAUGGUAAGGUUGAAGGUUUCCCUACCCAAGACCAGCUUCGUACAAUCAUGGUCGAGCACGCUCUUCAAGGUGAGGAUGCCUCACUUUCAAUUGGAGAUUAUGUCGCCUCGGAUCCAAACCUCAAGGGACUCGCACGUGAGAAAAUCACUGAAGCACUUGAGUCUGUUGGGUUUUCGCAAGAGAAGCAGAAUGAUCCAGUUGGGUCAUUGUCUGGUGGAUGGAAGAUGAAGCUUGAGCUCGGACGUGCCAUGUGUAUUGGGGCUGAUGUGUUGCUGCUCGAUGAACCAACGAACCACUUGGAUGUUCCAUCUGUUCAAUGGCUCGAGAAUUGGUUGGUCGAGAACAACACCACCAUCCUCACCGUUUCUCACGACUCAGGUUUCCUCGAUGCUGUGUGCACUGAUAUCAUGCACUACGAAGACCGUAGACUAGUAUACUACAAGGGCAACCUUUCUGCAUUUGUUGCGCAAGUUCCUGCAGCACAAGCAUACUACACGCUCGAAGCGACGUCGAUUAAGUUUUCUUUCCCACCACCAGGAUCACUCAUGGGAGUGAGGUCCAACACGCGCGCCAUCAUGAAACUGAAGGAUUGUGUCUUUGCUUAUCCAAAUACACCAAGACCCCAAUUAAAUGGCGUUAGUUGUGCGCUGUCGCUCAGCUCCAGAGUUGGUAUACUUGGUCCAAACGGUGCUGGUAAAUCCACACUCAUCAAGCUCAUCACUGGUGAGACGGUGCCGCAAACUGGAUCCGUUUACAAGCAUCCUAAUCUUCGUGUCGGUUACGUUGCCCAGCACGCCUUCCACCACAUUGAACAACAUCUCGAAAAGACACCAAUCGGAUACAUCCAGUGGCGUUAUGCGCAGGGAUAUGAUCGUGAAGUGCUCGAGAAGGAGACGCGUGUGCUCACCGAUGAAGAUAAGAAAAUGUUCGAUACUCCUAUCGUUGGUAAAACAGGUGAAGCGCGCUACUUGGAGAGAAUUAUGGGUCGUCAAAAGCUCAAGAAAUCUUACCAAUACGACGUCAAAUGGAAGGGUCUUCCUCAUAAGAUGAACGUAUGGCUUCCUCGUGAGUUGCUUAUCGACUCAGGCUUCUCAAAGCUCGUUCAACAAUUCGAUGAUUUCGAAGCAUCUAGAGAGGGUGCAGGACAGCGUGAUAAUAAGGCAGAGUUGAUUAGAAAGAUGCUUGAAGAUCUUGGAUUGGAUGGUGAUAUUGCGCAGUACAAUGAAAUAUCAGGUCUGUCAGGUGGACAAAAGGUCAAGGUUGUAGUUGCAGCAGCCAUGUACAACAACCCACAGAUAUUGAUUCUCGACGAACCAACCAACUUCUUGGAUAGAGAGUCAGUAGGUGGUCUCGCAACAGCAAUUAACACAUGGACAGGAGCUGUUUGUGUUAUCUCACACAACCUCGAAUUCGUUCACGCUGUCUGUCCAGAGAUCUGGAACGUAGAUGCCGGUGUAUUGUCGAUCGAGGGUAAGGCAGCAGAGAUAGAAGAUGCGCCUGAGGAGAAGAAGGGACCAAAGCCAGGAUCUAAGGCUGCUUCUAGAGCCGCUUCAGCUGCUGCAUCUGCUGCCAACUCAGCAGCUACAUCAGCAACAGAGGACAGCGGAUCUAGCGUACCAAAGCCAAAGAAGAAGAAGAAGAUGUCUAGAAAUGAAGUAAAGGCACAGGAGGAGAGGAGGAGACAAAGAACAUUGAGAUUCUUGUCAGACUCAACAAUUAAUGAGCGUGAACCAGACACGGAGUCAGAUUAG